AUGUAUUGUUUAUGCGUGUGUUUUCCCUCAGAGGGGAAAAGUGUGAAGGCAGAAGUGGGUGAGGCUUCCUCCCUUCAGCAUUCCAGCAAGAAAGACCGAGAGAGGGAAGAGCAAGAGAUAAAUGAUUCUGAGGAGGAGAGAGAUCUGUUGGAAGAGGAGGAAGAGGUUAAAAGCCAGGGAGGAGAGAAUGAAGAAGAAGAGGGAGAGGAGGAAGAGGGGGAGCAUGAAGAAGGGGAAGAUGAUGGUGACAGCAUUAAUGGUGACGACUCCUAGCUUGUUUUAAACCCCGCGGGUACAAGACACACAUUCAAAAUUCAGCCCUUUCAGUUCUUUUGAAAGGUUGAAGCCAGUCUUUGAAAGAUUUGUCUGUUUCGAUGUAGAUGCCUGCACUCUUAUAAUAACGGACACUACAGUUACAUCAGUUUCACUGAUGUCAGUUUAUUUUUAAUGUUAGCGUGACAUCUUUUCAGGCUUUUGAAGAGUCCCUCAACCUUGAUGAAGACAAACAUCUGGUUUCAAACAACAAACCAUUACAUUCUCCAGUUAAUUUGUGUCAUUCUGACUUGAACCUGAGAGGUUUUUAUUUUUCUCUAGCAGAAUGUCCGUUAUGUAUUCUCAGAGUGAAACUUGCCUGAUCUCUGUUUGUCCUGUGUUUUAUUAGAUUUUUCUUUUCUGUGAACAAGGAUAAAAUUUCUUUUAAAAGGGGGAAACUUGAGUGGCUCCUCUAUCACAGAGAGCUGAGAAGCUUCCAGAACACAAUCUAUGUUUGUAUUUACCUGUCUUUUUUAUAUUACCCUGUCUCAGAAUAAUUCUACAUGAAAAUGUCAAUAAAAUAUUAA